AUGUUCGAGAACACCAACCGAUCUCACUCCUUUGCCAGCAACCACAAUGAUACCCACACGGGCGCUUUGCUCCCGGUCAGUAUGGAAAGGACCCAAUAUCGUACCGUAAGUCAAGGACGAAAACUUUACCUGCCAUCAAUCCAUCGAUCCCUCGCUGAGCCCUGCAGCCUCCCUAUCGUAAUGCCGCAACCCGGUCAAAAAAGAGCUCCGAUCAAAACCCAGGCCCGCUCGGCGACUAUACUGCCCAGUUUUGUCAACUUGAAGUUCCAGGUUCACAACGGCAAAAACUACGAUGAUAUCACAAUAACCGAGGAGAUGGUGGGACGCAAGUUGGGAGAAUUCGCUCCUACGAGGAAGCAAUUUGUGUACAAGUUGACAAAGAACAAAUAG